AUGAUUCUAUCUUUGUCUGACAUAUAUCUCACGGGAUGUGCAGCUGCUUUCGUCCUUCUUCUAUCCCUGCAUCUAUUAAAGCAAACCCUUUUCAAAGACCCCCUGAAACCCCCAGUUGUCUUCCACUGGAUCCCAUUUCUGGGAAGCACCAUUACAUACGGGAGGGAACCCUUGAGGUUCUUUGAAGACUGUAAGAGAAAGUAUGGUGAUAUCUUCACCUUCAUCCUCCUGGGAAAGCCAACAACCGUGUACCUCGGUCCAGCAGGAAAUAACUUCAUCCUCAAUGGGAAUCACCAUGCUCUCUCAGCUGAAGAAAUAUAUUCCCCAUUGACCACACCCGUGUUCGGCACAGACGUCGUAUUCGACUGUCCCAAUGCAAAGCUGGUCCAACAAAAGAAGUUCGUCAAAUUCGGUCUCACUGCAAAUGCGCUCAGAUCCUACGUUCGAUUAAUCGCAAACGAAACCCAAGAAUUCAUCGUUUCUCAUCCAGAUCUACAAGGCUCGAGCGGUAUCCUAGACGUUCCCCCCGCAAUGGCAGAGUUGACUAUCUAUACUGCCUCUGGAUCACUUCAGGGGAAGGAAGUGCGUCAUCUCAUUGGCUCUACGUUUGCAAAAUUGUAUCAUGAUUUGGAUAUGGGGUUUACCCCGAUCAAUUUCAUGAUGCCAUGGGCUCCAUUGCCUCGGAACCGUGCCCGCGAUCAGGCACAGAGAACAAUGGCCCGGAUCUAUAUGGACAUAAUUCAAAAGCGACGGGCGAAUGGUAAGGGGCUAAAUGAUUCUGAGGAUAUGAUCUGGAACUUGAUGUCGUGCAUGUACAAGGAUGGUAACAUUCUCCCGGACAAGGAGAUUGCGCAUAUGAUGAUUGCUCUCCUCAUGGGCGGCCAUCAUUCUUCUUCCUCGACCAUAUCCUACAUCCUCCUUCAGCUUGCUUCCCAUGAAGAUACUCUGGAAGACCUUCACCAAGAGCAGCGCCGAGUUCUAGGCCCCUCCAUGGAUAUAACUUUCGAUGGGCUGCAGAAAUUGAAGCUCCACCAGUUCACCGUGAAAGAAACACUGCGACUCCAUAACCCAGUUCACUCCAUCCUCCGGCAGGUUAAAGAGCCACUAGUGGUCGAAGGAACACCAUACAUAAUUCCUACAUCUCAUACGGUCCUUGCUAGUCCUGCAAGCAGCUCCCGUGACCCGAGUCACUUUCCAAAGCCGAUGAAAUGGGAUCCGCAUCGAUGGGAAAGCAAGGCAUCACUCCAGGGCACGGAAGAUGAUGGCGAUAGCUCUAGAGGUCAAAGUUCGAAUAGCGCAUAUCUUCCUUUUGGGGGAGGAAGGCAUCGAUGCAUUGGCGAACGAUUUGCAUAUGUUCAACUAGGCGUCAUUCUAGCUGUGUUUGUCCAACAUUUCCGGCUUCGAAGCGUUUCAGAUACAAAGAAUGUGCCAGAAACAGACUAUUCUUCACUCUUUUCCCGGCCUAUGGCUCCUGCAAAGGUCCUUUGGGAGCGAAGAAAUGCCGGUGCAGAGAUCAGAUAG